AUGUCAACAUCAAAUAUUAAAUAUUCUAAAGAAAAUUAUUCUUAUUAUGAUUCAGCUUUAAGUUCAUUAAAUGAUUUAUCAUCUCUCAACAAUAUAGACACAUGUUUGGAAAGUAAUAAAAGAAUUACAAAAGUACCAAAUAUACAGUCACAAUCAUUCAAUAGAUUGAUCUCUUCUUUUACCACUCCAAAACCAUCAAAAAUUCCUAUAUUGUUGUCUCAAUCAAUGUCAGAAUGUCACAAAAGUAAAAAAGAACACUUCAAAAGUGUCCUUCUUCAUUCAUCUUAUAGUAAUAAUGAUGAAAUUACAUUAGGGUCAUGUGAACAAUUAACAGAAAUGCAUUUAUCACCUCGAAUUAAAGCUGAAAAUUUAUUAAAAGCUUGUAAAAAAAAUAAAGUUAUUUCUUGCACAAAAUAUUCAAAACCCUCAUUAUUAUCACCAUUAAUACGUGAUAUACGAUAUAGUAAUAAUAAUAAUAAUAAUAAUAUUACUAAUUCAUUAUAUUUUAAUGAACAAUCAAGUGGUUUAGGAUCAUCAAUAAUAACAAUACAAUCAUUUUUUGAUGAAUCAGAAGAAAAAGAAAUAAAAAAUAAUGUUGAUAAAUAUAUGUCAUUUACAAAAAUGAGGCAUUCAUUAAAAAUAUAUCGAAAUCAAAUGGGUGGUUUUGAUGAAGAUUAUUAUAAAAAACCAAAUUGGUUGUUUUUAUCAUCAAGAGGAUCUUGCAGAAUGUGUAAACAUAUUCCAAGUUUUAUAAUAAAUUACAGAAAAAUAAGAAAAAAAAAUGUUGUCAAAAGACGUCCUUGUAUAUGUAAUAAAGUACAAUCAAUAUAUAAUACAAAUUUCAAUGGAAUGUGCUCACAAAUUUUAUCAAAUUUUAAUGAUAAGAAAAUAUUGAUAAAUUUUGAAAUUCCGUUAUUACAAGAUUAUAUUAUAAUAUUUCUUAUUCCUGGAGCUAUUGCAUUUUUAGUUGAAACAUUAUAUUUUAUUAUUUCAGUACUUUAA